CUUCUUUCACUGCUCCAUCCGGGAACUUUCGAAUUAGCAUUGACAGCCGAAGCGCAACUUUUCCCGAGGCAAAGUGAAAUCAAGCCGCGGACUCGGACAAAAUAUAGUCCGCCAAUUACAACUUAAAAUUACAGAAAGAGGACAAUAAUGAUCUCCCGAAUUGGGCACAACACCGCGAGGAUAUUUUAGAAGUGGAUCUGUCCAAGUGCUGAAGUGUUUGCGCCGUCUUUGGAAGACUUUACACAGUGGCGUAAAGUGAGUGAUGAGUCCUAUUCCCAGUAAAGAGGCAAGAACUUGCUUUGCAGACUGAGUAGUUCUUCUUUCGAUUGUUAUUGUCGCUUUUUAAAAUUUCCUUAUUUUUGGAAACUUCGUCGCGAUUGCUUCGAAAGUGCAAGAAAAGUGCUUUGAAAGUCGCAACAUGGAACUACAGGGCCUGCAAGAGGCGUUGAAAGUGGAAAUCCAGUGUCAUCAGAAACUAGUUGCACAGAUGAAGCAGGACCCACAGAACGGAGAGCUUAAGAAACAACUCCACGAAAGGCAAACAAGAAUAACAGCUCUUAGCGAGAAACAAAAGCUUGCAGUAAGAAGUUGUCCUGUUGGGAACACCAAACCCAUCUCUCUCAUCAAGCCACCCAACCAGAGCAUAGCAAUUUCAGUGGUGCCGGCAAAGAAUCCUGUUUCCAUGGUUACCGCACACAUUAACGGACAAAAGGCAGCAAGUACUGAGCCACUGCAGACAGCCCCAAUCAACCUACAAACAGCAAACAAAGUGGUGGGAAACAGCCUAAACUCCGUGGGAAGGAGAGUCGCAGAGAUACCAAACUCACAGAUGUUGGGAACUAUCACAGCCGUGCCCAUCAAGGUGCCUCAGGUCAGCUCGCUGCACCGGCUGGCUGGACAGGCUCCCACAGUGCUACCUCAGGUUAGGCCAAAGACCCUGAUCCCGGACAGCCUUCCCCACAGCCCCUGCCAAGAGCAGAUGUCCAGCCAGCCGCAGAGCCUCCAGAAAGCUACAGUGGUCAGCAUCAAGAACCCUGGGCCCGCCCUCCCGACAGCGAACAACACCGUCAGUCAUGUCCAGCUGCCAAAUGGCCAGUCGGCCACCCCGGGCCUCCAGGAGCCCCCGACCGUCUCCACAGCCAUCAGCACGGCGGGUGUCGCUUACGCCAUUAUCUCCACUUCGCCCAGCAACAGCUCUGGCAGCGCGGUGUCUGUGGUCAACGAGGCCAUCAAAGUGCAGCCGCUGCUCAUCAGUGCAGAUAGCAAGGUGAUAAUAAUUCAGCCCCAGGUUCAGUCGGGCCCUCAAAAACAGCCAGAACCAAAGGCUGAGGCUCCAUCCCAAGAACCUGUAUUGACAUCGCCUGCUCCUGUUAAAAAGAAGAGAGAAGAGGAUCCUGAGAAAAUUGCCUUCAUGGUGGCCCUUGGCUUGGUAACAACAGAGCACUUGGAAGAAAUCCAGAGCAAACGUCAAGAAAGGAAGAGACGAAGCACAGCCAAUCCAGCAUACAGUGGACUGUUUGAGCCAGAGCGCAAACGACUUGCAUCAAAUUACCUAAAUCAUCCACUUUUCCUGACAGCAAGAGCCAAUGAGGACCUGUGUUGGAAGGAUGACAUCGUACACGAUGAGCACUGUGCUGUAUGCAAGGAAAGAGGAGAGUUACAGCGGUGUCACAGCUGUCCCCGGGCCUAUCACCCUGACUGCCUCGACACCCCACUAAAGACCCCCCCCAAGGGAGUGUGGGUGUGCCCAAAGUGCCACAAGAAGGUACUAAACAAAGACAGCAUGUCCUGGCCUCAGAACUUGGCUGUUGUCCAGUCUUACAUAACACACAAAACAGUGAAAGAGGAAGAGAAGAGGAAGCUGCUGAAGAGGAGUAGUGAGCUGAAGAGUGAGCGUGCACAGCUGGAGGAAAGGGAGCAGCAGCUGAGUGAUUCUCUGGCGAAAUGUGUAGAUUUGAAAAACAGCCUUUUGGGAAAGCAGAAGGAAACUCAGUCUGCCUUGGAUCGACUGAAGGCUUUGAUCAGACUCAUCCAGAGGGACCAGAUGAUUCAGGUGACCAUGACUGCCACCACAACCACAGGGGCCGCCCUUCUCACCCUCCCCUGGAUCAAACCUCCCAGCAGCGCAAGCUCGCCCUCUGCUGGUACUUCCGCGCAUGUGCAGAAAGGUCUGUCUCAGUCCCAGGGCAACAACUGAUCACCACCACCCCACACUGAGCCAACCUGCGACCUGCCAAAUGCGCAGAACACCUUCCACAUCUUCUUCAGAACAAUAAACUUUUUUAUAAGUCGGAAUACCAUAGAAACUUACGAAACAAAUUUAAAACAAAAAAAUAUAUAACCAAUGCAGUUUUUGGAGAUCUGCUGUGGCAAAAUGAUAUCCCACAAGCAGUUUGUGAUGAGUAUUUUGUAAACCCAACACCUUCAGUGCUUACGAGAUUUUUUUUAUUAUAAUUGUUAUUAUUUAUUAAUAUUCUUGGCCUUAAUGUAUUUAUGAAUUAAAAACAAAAAAUGGCUGAUAUGGAAAUACAAUCUAGUAUUGCAUAUGGCCAAAAAAUAAUGAAAAACCUAAUAAUGUUUUUUAAAGCAAAAUUAGAGGAGAAUAAUGUUCAGCAUAUAGUAAGCAACAACACUAGCGAUUAGUAGCAGUAGUUACAAAAGGUAUUAAAAUAUAAAACUGAAAGAACAUUUUCAACUGUACAUUGAUAUAUCUGAGUAGAAUUGUUAUUAUUCUCUUAUGAACAAUGUUCGCCAUAUUUAUUCAGGUGAAAGUGGGAUGAGGAAACGCUUUCAGUGUGUAUGUAUGAAUCUAUUGAGCCUUCAAACAAAACAGAAUAAUUUUUCAGUAUUAUUGUUGAGAACUUUAAAGUAUUUAAAAUGACACUACAGAAUUUACCAUUUCUAGUUCAACAUGAAGUAUUUUCAUGCUGAUGCCUGGGAAGUGAAGUAUUUAAAGGGGGAUGGCUGUACAGAUGUUGUAUUACUGUUCUUGCUGGUUCUUGCUGUUACUUUUUUUAAAUUAAUUAUUAUUAUUGAAUCAUAUAAAUGUGAUGUUCUUGUUUCCAGUUGCACCCAAAAGUAGAUUUUUUUUUACAAGGGCCAUUUAUUUUUAAUAUGGGUCUUUCAUUUUUUGCUAUUUUCUUGUUUUCUUUGCCAGUAUAGAAAAUAUGCCAAAAAAACUUACAUUUUUGUACUGGAUUUGCUGUCUUGACUUCCUUCUUCUUUUUCUCAUUUUUGCUUUUUUAAGGAAAUGUAAUAUAUGACUUCAACAUUUUAGUGCUGAACAACCACUUGUUAAGAACUAUAUAUAUAUACUGUAUAUCGGCUAGACAGUACAAACAACCACUGCCUCAAGUAGAAUUUUUGAGGGUUCUUUGUUACUAUAUCAGUUUUUUACACAGACAAAUAGAGACCUGAUUACUUUCUUCUUGAUGGGACAGUUUUGAGAGUGAACACUAUUUAAAUAGUUAGUCUUCCUGCUAAACAAAGGGACUGACUGGCCUCUCGAUAGGUCUCAAGUCUGUUUUCCUUUCUAUUUUGCAGGCAUGUAUUGCUAAAAAGCCUGUCAGUGUUACACCGGGCCUGUCUUGGCAGGGAGUGUUAAGACAUCUAAAGUCGUAAUGAUUUCUGUUCUUUCUGGAAUUGUUUAACAAUAUUGUUGGUUGAUUUCUUGUUAAUUUAUUAUGAAGACAUGAAGGUAAUGCAGUAUCCCUUUUGGUGCAAAAUAAUGAAAAAAGUAAGAUCCUGCCGUCUUGCGCAGGAUCAUUUUUCCCCUCCUGUGUGAUUUUAGUUGUCUUUGAGAAGUCUGUAUAGGAACACAGAUAUCACAAGAGAAAGAAAUGCAGUGAUCUUCUCCAUCAUGCUUCUGUUGCAAAAGCUUUGUCUGUCUGUCCCGUAGAAGUUGGAAUGGACAUUAUAGAUUCAAAUAGACAUUUGUAUAUACAUCAUUUUUUAAGAAGAAUAUUCGGAUCUAUAAACAUCCACCCAUUCCUUCAAAUAUACAGAUAAAUGGAUAAAGAAUUUAUAUUGAAAUUAAAGCUAUUGUGAGAAAUCGAUGCAGCUUUUCCUUAGAAAAGAUAAGUGUAAUGAGUCAAGUACUGUGGAGAAAACUGGAAUAUGCGCCAAGAAUGAAGAGUUAACUCUUGAGUUAUUUCAGACCAUUAUUUUGUGUUUGUACUGUUGUGGAAGCUGGCAGGUAUGAUUUAUUGAUAGGCUUCCUAUCUUGAACAGCUGUAAAGUGAAUUUAAUCUUUUGGCUGAUCAGUGCAAGUAUAAAAGAUAUAUAACGAGAGACAUUAAAAACACAACAAGUGAGUAUUGAUUUGUUUAAUUUUUAAUGCCUCUUAGUAUAUAUAUAUUUAUCAUAUAUUGCUGCACAGCAUUCAUUUUCGACCUUUUUUCUAUAGAAUUGUCUUUCUGAGCAGAUAGAGUAGUUCUUGCUGUUAAAUUGUUUCACUUCUCUAAACUACCAAACAAUGGUAGUCUUUACUGCUUCUCUAAUGGUAGUAAUGAUUGCCAUUCCUGAUACUUAUCCCUGUCUGACAACAGAUUCCACCAGAAUGUAGCAAUGCCAAGUAUAGGAAUAUGUGUGAAUGAGGUACUGUACAUACACAGACAUACACCUGGCCAGUACGUCACAGAUAUCCAUUAGAUUCAGUUUUUAACCACAUAUUGCAUAUAUACCAUUUUGUUUUAAUUUUGCUUUGAUAAUUGUGAUUUUCAUAUUACCCUGCUUUAUAUUUGGAAAGUGUUGUUAAAACACCUGGAAAUCUGACUGGAAUUCUACUAAGAAAGGGAAACUGCUUUAGAAGCUUUAUUAAUACCAAGAGGAUGUAGAACGCUGGACACAACUUGCUGGCGUUUAAAUUCAGUCAUGAACUGACCUGGGUGACACCCUGUAGUAGGUGCAGUCAACUGAAAUAUUAUGGGAUGUGUGUGACAGAAGAAAAUCACAGUCAGCUUAAACAUAAUCUGGGAGAGAAGGAGGUCAGGGUGUGAAAAAGCAGAUGUGCUCACCUGUGUGUUGUGAGACAGGAACUCUUGGGUAGGUGCUGCACUGACUGCUAAGACAUAUUGCAUUUCUUUAGAAGUUUAUUUAGUUCUCAUGUAGAUCAUUUGUUUAUACAGCAUCUCCUUCUUUAUAACAGAAACAUGACGUGAUUGUUCCAGUGCUUGUGAGGAGUGAACCCACACAGAGUCAGUUACACCUAAGUCACAUGCAUACAAUUAAAAUAACUCCAAGUAAACAAUUUCAGGUCAGAUAUGCAAUAAAUGAAAUUAGAUUAAAUUAGAGGGACAACAUACAAUAUACCUUAAGUAAUGGCUACAUCACUGCCAAAGAGAGCUAAGUACCUUGGCAUUUUUGCAUCGAUCUCAUUAAGUACCACUGAGAAACAAUGCAAAGAAAGGGCGCAUUAAUUGAACACACAGGGUUAUCUCUCAAAGCUUUACUGUCAUUAAGCCAUUACCCACAAAGACUUUUGUGGCACAGUAAAUGAAGUAGGUUGUGGGUUUCUCUUCACAAAGAUGUAUUCCCCCCUUUGUUAUGUUGCAUUAAGACUUUACAGCUGAUUGAAUUAAAAGUGGAGUAUGUGUAGACAAAAGUUACAGGUUUAUAUAUAAUGUUACAGAGCUUUAGAGGAUUUCUGGUCUUCCAAAAGAAAAAAGUUUCUGGUUUAAGAGUGAUAAAUGUCUUAAAAUGUGAAACCCUUUUUUUCCUGUGAUUUCCAUUUUGUGAUACAACUUUCAAAUCAAAAUAACAGUUUUUGCUGAAAAGAACUUCAUAAAUAUGUUAUAAACACUUCUAUUAUAGCUAUUUUACUCCCUCAUUUUAAUUGGUGUCUAACACACAUUCAUAGGCUUAUUGAUAUGCUCAUAAUUAGGGAUAACUGCAUAUAUCCAGCAGGCACUACGUGACGUCUGCAGUGACAAAUUACUCCCAUAUAAGACUUAAGACUAUUCUACUGCAGAGAGGUUUGUCAUUUUUUAACAGGACUGACUCUUACAGAAAGACUAUUAAACUUUGUGCUGGACAAUACAUUUUCAACUGUGUUGCUUCUAGCACCUGUAAGCAGACACUGGUGCCGUGCACAAAGUGGAAUCUGAAUCCAAAGAAUUGAUCUAUUUUUAAACAAAGAGAGAAAAUCUUUACUUACCUGAGAGAUUCCCAAAACCUACUGGAGAAAAAGUUCAGGAACAGCCUAGUCAGUGAGAAAUGGGUUUAAGGAGCUUUCAGGCAUAGCCUUUAUGCUGUGCAAAUCAGGCAGUAUGUUUUUCAUCACAAUAGUAUUUAAUCAUAGCAGUAUUGCAUAGUAAUAUUAAACCACAGUCCUGGAUACUACUUUUUCUAGCCCAUUGUAACAGAGUCCCAACAGAUGGUGUAGGGACAGAGGCAAAGCUUAUGUGGGGGAUGCAUUGGGUACUCAGCACAUAUCAUUGAUUCAAGGAUGAUUCAGGAUGAACUGGCUUCUGUUUUGAAUGCUUUGCCAGCAGUAGGGUCUCUUGACACAGUCCAUCAAAGGGAUACUGCAUAGAUUCCAAAAGUCAGACGUACUGAAGCGCUGGUUGCUGUGACAUGAGGCGAGCCCAUUCAUCAAUAAAAACAAAGUAACCAUAUCAGUGCUCCAUGUCACAAUGAGAAUGUGCCCUGAAGCAUCGUCUGUCUGAGGCCAGUUCUUAGCUCCAUUUUCAGCAUUCUCCGGGAGAAACUGUGCAGUACUAUACAGAUCUAUUUUAAUACACUUGACACUACGUUGAACAAAAUUCUUUUAUAUUCUUUUAUGAAUGAACAAAGAAAAAAGGUAAAAAAAACAUUUGAAAUACUAUGGUUAUUGUUUGCCAAUUAUGCAUUCUGACGUGGCUUGCAAUGUUCAAUGUAUUUUUUGCCAUGAAAUGAAAAGUAGUGGAGGAGAAAGACAUGGAAUUAGAUGACACUGAAAAUUUAGAUGAAAAUGUCUUGGGACUGUUAAAGUAGUUUUUUUUAUUUUUUAUUUUGUUUUUAACUAAAAAGGGGACUGUCCAGUGGAUAGUAUGUAUAGGAAAAAAAAAGUGUUUGUCUUACAUAUGCCAAUGUAGUUUUUCUUCUUUAUGAUGCAUUAAAAUUGAUUGAUGGAAGUUGGUGACUGGUUAAGAGUAGUCUUACUUUUUUGUACCAAGUUCUUUAAAAAAAUAAAAAAACGCCUUCGUUGGAA